AUGGCCAUUGCUGUGUCCAAAAAGAAAACUAGACUACCCAGGAAAUCAAAAGAAGGAAGAAAAGAAUUUUGUUUUUGUAGUGCAAUUUGGUUACAAAUUCUGUCCCGAAUCCCAGCUUUGACUGUUCUUUUGAUUCUCCUCUUCCUAUGGUCCUCAUCAACCACCAUCAUCUCCGGCAACAUCGUUCAUGUUUGCAUUUCCUCGCGGAAACUCAGCAAUCUUUACUGCCUCUCUGCAGGUAGCCAGCCCAGCUUUGAAAUCCCAAAUAUCAACAAUGGUUCCACUAGUGUUAGGCCCAGUGAUGUUAUCCGAGAAAUUAAUGUCAGUUCAAGCAUCAACGACAGCGUGAAAGAAGUUGGCGUAGUCGUUAGUCCUAUCAACAACAACAUCACAGGCAUUGCCAAUGUUGUUGGCAAGUACCCAAAUCUAAUUGUGACCGACAGGAAUGAGGAGGUUGAAAAUGCAAAGAAGAUUGUCGAGGAGCAAUUGCAACUACAUAGAUCAUGGACUUCGAACACAAAUCCUGCAGUGUGUGAUGGAAGGGGAAUUUAUGUCUAUGAUCUGCCAUCAAAGUUCAAUAAAGACUUGGUAGGCCAAUGUGGAGAUAUGAUCCUAUGGAUGGAUUUCUGCAAGUAUUUUGAUAAUGAGGCUUUAGGUAGGCCAAUUGAAAAACUGGGAAAAUGCUGGUAUGACACUCAUCAGUACUCACUGGAGCCAAUUUUUCAUCAAAGGAUUUUGAAGCAUCCUUGCAGGGUUUACAGUGAAAAUGAAGCCAAGCUCUUUUAUGUACCUUACUAUGGUGGACUAGACAUCUUAAGAUGGCAUUUUAAGAAUGUCUCCAAUGAUGUUAAAGACAUUUUGGCACUGGAGCUCAUGAAGUGGCUUGACUCCAAAAAGCCUUGGGUUCAAAAUUCUGGUAAGGAUCAUGUGUUCGUUUUGGGCAAAAUUUCCUGGGACUUCAGGAGAAUUAAUGAUUCUUCAUGGGGGACUAGGUUUUUACAGCUAGAGAAAAUGCAGAACCCAAUAAAGCUCUUGAUCGAACGGCAACCAUGGGAAGUCAAUGACAUUGGAAUUCCACAUCCUACAUACUUUCACCCACACUCAGAUGAUGAUAUUGUUGCCUGGCAGCUAAAGAUUAUUCAAGCAACUCGAAAGAGCCUGGUGAGUUUUGCUGGGGCAGCAAGGCCUGAUCAACCUGAGAGCAUUAGGUCAAUACUGAUCAAUCAGUGCACUUCAGCUGGCGAUAAAUGCCAGUUCUUGAACUGCAGGUCAAGCGAAUGUGAUCAACCUGAAACAAUUACAGAGUUGUUCAUGGAGUCAGAAUUCUGCUUACAGCCUCCUGGGGACAGCCCAACACGAAAAUCAGUAUUCGAUUCGCUUGUUUCAGGUUGCAUACCUGUAAUUUUUGAUCCGUUUACAGCCUACUACCAGUAUCCAUGGCAUUUACCUGAGGAUCAUGGUAAAUACUCUGUGUUCAUAGACCAAGAAGAAGUGAGGAAAAUGAAGGUGAAUGUGGUGGAGAGGCUAAUGAAUGUUUCUGCAAAGGAGAGAGAGGACAUGAGGAGGUACAUAAUAUAUGAAAUGUUGCCUGGAUUGGUAUAUGGGGAUUCAAGCUCUCAGCUUCACAAGUUCCAGGAUGCAUUUUCUAUUACAGUGAACAAUCUGGUCAACAGAUUGCAGUUACUUGACUAG